AUGUACGCCAUGAGCUCUUUGAUAUCUUACGAGCGGUUUGUGGAUAAAGUCUCAGCGAAUUUAUGGCGACGUUGGCCGACCAUGCUCAACACGGACGUGCAUUCGAUUAAGCGUAUCGAAUCAAGAAAAAUUGGCAAGCUUCCUCAGUUCACAAUCAACGAUGUGAUUGGUACCAAUAUCGGAGCUGGGUCGGACACGACUGCACAAAAUCUUUCCUACCUGCAAGUUACCAUCAAAGAAGCGUCGAGACUGCAUGCGGGGGUUGUUCAGAUUCUAAGCAGACUUGUUACUGAGGGCGGCGCGCAGAUCGUUGGUGACACUUCCCACAAAGUGUAA